AUGGAUCAUCAAAUUGGUGUCCCAAAUCCACACCCCCAUCAAAAACCCACCUCAAAUUCCGACUUACCUCCUCCAAUCCUCCCCACAACCACCCCAAAUUCCCCCAUCCCUGCCGCAAAAAAGCUCACAUUAAUCCCCCUCAUCUUCCUCAUCUACUUCGAGGUCGCCGGUGGCCCCUAUGGCGAGGAGCCAGCCGUCCAAGCCGCCGGACCACUCCUCGCCAUCAUAGGCUUCAUCGUCUUCCCUUUCAUAUGGAGCGUCCCAGAGGCGCUGAUCACGGCUGAGCUCUCCACCGCCUUCCCCGGCAACGGCGGCUUCGUCAUCUGGGCCCAAAGAGCCUUCGGACCCUUCUGGGGCUCUCUCAUGGGCACCUGGAAAAUCCUCAGCGGCGUUAUCAACAUAGCCGCUUACCCUGUUCUCUGCAUCAAUUACAUUCAGAAAAUCGCCCCCCAGCUCCAAUCCGGCUGGCCCCGCCGCACCGCCCUCCUCGCCUCCUCCGUCGUCCUCGCCGCCCUCAACUACAUCGGCCUCACCAUCGUCGGAUAUGUCGCCGUCGUUCUAGCUCUGUUAUCCAUCUUACCCUUCAUCUUAAUGACAUUAAUCGCCAUCCCCAAAAUCAAACCCCACCGGUGGGGAAAUCCCGGCGAUAAAUCGAUAAAAACAGAUUGGAAUCUGUAUCUCAACACUCUGUUUUGGAACCUGAAUUUCUGGGAUAACGUCAGCACACUCGCCGGAGAAGUAGAAAAACCCAAAAAAACCUUCCCAAUUGCUCUGUUCAUAUCAGUAAUUAUCACUUGUCUUUCUUACUUAAUCCCACUUCUCGCCGUCACCGGCGCCGUCGACAUUCAACAAUCCGCUUGGGAAUCCGGAUUCCACGCCCAAGCGGCAGAGACACUCGCCGGAAAAUGGCUCAAAAUCCUCCUGGAAAUCGGAGCCUGCUUGUCGGCGAUUGGACUAUUCGAAGCUCAAUUAAGUAGCAGUGCAUAUCAAAUUCUGGGUAUGGCGGAAAUUGGGAUUUUACCCAAAUUCUUCGCGGCGAGAGCGAAAUGGUUCAACACUCCAUGGAUUGGGAUUGUGAUUUGCACGGCGAUCUCUGUUGGGGUUUCGUAUUUGGACUUCACAGACAUUGUUGCGUCGGCGAAUUUCAUGUAUAGCUUGGGGAUGCUGCUGGAAUUCUCGUCGUUCAUAUGGCUGAGAUGGAAGCAUUCCGCCAUGGAAAGGCCGUUCAAGGUUCCGUUGGAGCUGCCGGGGUUGAUCGUGAUGUGUUUGGUCCCGUCGGCGUUUUUGGUGGUUUUGAUGGUUUUUACGCAUACCACCGUGUUCUUGGUCAGUGCUUCCAUGACCGCCGCCGGGAUUGUCUGGUUCGGGUUGAUGAAGAUUUGUAGGAAGAAGAAGAUCUUCAUCUUCAAUCCAAGACCUGAAGAUUAG